AUGUGGGUCAUUUUCUUGAUAGGUCUCUUGACUCAGGGCCUGGCGACACAGGUCUCGUAUGGCUCGAAGAGCUCGUCAGUAUCAUCGAGCGAACCAAAAACCCAGUGGUCGUGGCAAGAGCCUACGGCGGAAGCCAGUAAUGAUGACGCCUCCUUCCACCCUUUGAGUUUUUCCGCUGGAAAUGCUAAUAUUCAGUCCGGAUCCAGUGGAGUUGCGCAAGCACUUCCAGACCAACACUCGGUCGACCGGACAGUCGAUGAUAUUCUGGUUUCCUACCGACAGGGACGCAACCUACCUGGAUACGAUGAUUUGUACGCAGACUCAGAGGUCAAGAACAUCCUCCAAGUUGGUAACGACACGAUAGCGCGUUCCUACAUCCAGGACAAGCUCUGUUCCCUCGGUCUCAUGAACUGUGAAAACCUGGAAGGCAGACGUCCCUACUACGCCCCCCACCGUGACAUCCACCCGCAGGAGGUCAUCUACGCGCAACCAGUCACAAUAAAACCAGUAGGACGUCCUCUCCCCGCAAUUCCAGUCCGAAAACCCGUGGGCUACGGUCCCCCGAAACCAGUGCCCGUGCCCCCGGGCUUCGGUUCCGGCCCCUUCCACUCAGGUCCCCCAGGUCACGGAUUCUCCGGUCCACCGCCAUCCUUCUCAGGCCCCGUAUCCAGCUACCCCGGACCCUACCAAUCCUACAAGAAGCCCCCCCACUUCAUCAACAACAAACCCAUCUACGAGGACACUGGACUCGACGGCGAAUACGACUUUAUCCCCGAGAAUAAACACGACUUCCUCGAGAAGAAACAAGUGCUUCCGCCAACUGCUGGAAUUCAACAACACGUGCAUCAUCACUACCAUCACGGUGACGACAAGACUGCCUCGGUGAUAACCGGCACACCAGGAUUGGCGGGACCAAUCCUCGGCCCGGGACCAAUCGGCGGAAAUUACGGCUACGGUAAUGGCGGGACAUACGGACAGCAGUACAAUGACUUCGAUGAGUACAAGAAGACAUUCAAAAUUAAGGAAACACCUGGGGGUAACAGUCUGGACCCCAUCGAGAGCACCUCCAGUUACGCAAAUAAAUACCCAAUCUAUGAGAAGCCCAAGAGGGAUUCCUUCUUCAACGGCAAAGGAUUCGGAAGCAGCGAAGGAACUGGAAAGGUUCUCACUGGAGGAUUCGGAAGUAAUGGCUUCAGUGGUUUUAAUGGUGACAAUGGCUUCUCCUCGUCGAACUACGAUGAUUGUGUCUGCGUACCCUACGACCAGUGCGCUGCCAUCGAUCACGCUGGCCGUAAAGACGAUCUCUUCCUUCCCAUUGACCCCAGGAAUACCGGAAAGAACAUUGACGCAGAAGCGGAAGACAUCGUUGUGACUGAUGCCAACGGUGGAAUGAGUGUCGUUCGGGUUCCCAAAGGUGUCAAUGCUACUGAGCAAGCUGACCAGAAGAAGGAAUCUGACGACAAGAAGAAUGACGGAGGCAAAAGGCAGAAGAGAGAGGCAAAAGCUGAGGCCAAGAGCGGGGGACCAACUGAUAAAGCAGCCCUCGCGCAAUCUCGAUUGCUGGGUAACAUUGACUCGUCGAAGCUCAAUGUCAAACCGACCUGGGGAGUGAGUUUUGGUUUGCCACAGGGUGGCGGAGGAUACCCGGUGAAUCCAUACGGUGAAAAUCCCCUGCAAAGCCCAUACGGAGGCUACGGUAGCGGUGGAAAUGGUCUCAAUCUGGGAUUAGUAUCGGUGAAUCCACUGGUUGCACUUCAAGUUGGGAAAGACGAUUAUGGGGAGAAAGUUAUAAAACCGUUCGUUAAUCUUCACGUGACGCCCAAUCAGGGAAUUGUCAACAAGUUCACCGAUCUCUUGGCUCACAAGAAGCAACAGUUGCUGGGUGGAUACGGGCAAUACCCAGGGUAUCCUGGAUAUGGUCAUUACGCUCCACAUCAUCAUGGACCACAUUACGAGAGGCCUCAGCAGCAUUUUCACCAGCAUCAACACCAACACCAGUACCAACGUCCUGGCUGGCUUGGGACCACCGGAAACUACGGAGGAAAUUAUGGGGGAAACUAUUACAGCAAUUAUCCGGAAAAUUAUGGAAAUUAUCCUGGAAAUUACGCUGGCCAUCACGGGCAAUAUCACGGCUACAAUGGCUACAAUCGAAAUGAUGAGGAUUACGAUUAUUCGGAUCUGUCUGACUACAGUGACUACGCGAGGAGCAGAAAAUUCAACGGCACUGGGGCGAGGGGACAGAGUGGGAACGAUCAGGACAGAGGUAGCAAAGUGGCAUUCAGAGAUAGAAAGAGACGUGACGUUGGAGAGGUGAAUGUUCAGGAGAGGCAAUUUGGGAGACCACCGGUGUGUGGACCACGUCAUGUUUGCUGCAGAAGAAAUCAGCUUCAUCCCGGCAGCUUAAAUCGCCCCAAAUCUGGACAGUGUGGAGUCAGAAAUGGACAGGGAGUCAAUGGACGUAUCAAGACUCCAGUUUACAUUGAUGGAGACUCUGAAUUCGGUGAAUACCCUUGGCAAGUGGCAAUUCUGAAGAAAGAUCCCUCGGAAAGUGUUUACGUAUGCGGUGGUACAUUGAUCUCCCCAAGACACAUCCUCACAGCUGCCCACUGUGUCAAGACUCACUCGAGUCACGAUCUUCGCGCUCGUCUGGGCGAAUGGGACGUCAAUCACGAUGUUGAAUUCUAUCCAUAUAUCGAGAGGGACAUCGUCAACGUUUUCGUUCAUCCCGAGUUCUACGCUGGAACUUUGUACAACGAUAUCGCAAUUCUGAAGCUCGAUCACGAUGUUGACUUUGAGAGAAAUCCACACAUCAGCCCGGCUUGUUUGCCUGAUAAAUUCGAUGAGUUUGCGGGAACUAGAUGUUGGACAACAGGCUGGGGCAAAGAUGCCUUCGGGGACUUUGGCAAGUACCAAAACAUCCUGAAGGAAGUGGAUGUGCCUGUUAUCAGCAACCAAGUGUGUGAGAACCAGAUGAGAAGAACCAGAUUAGGGCCCACCUUCAAUCUCCACCCAGGAUUCGUCUGCGCUGGUGGUGAGGACGGAAAGGACGCUUGCAAGGGCGAUGGAGGUGGUCCCAUGGUCUGCGAACGCCACGGUGUUUGGCAACUCGCUGGAGUCGUCUCCUGGGGCAUUGGCUGUGGACAGCCAGGUGUACCUGGUGUCUACGCACGUGUCUCCCAUUAUCUCGACUGGAUCAGACAAGUCACUGGACAGUACUGAGAAUAAUGAGAUGACAAUUGAUUUUUCUAUUUUAUUUAUUUAUCGACGGUUACCAGGAGUCCCGGAGAUAUAUGAACAAUACUAUUUAAGUUGAAUAACUUAUUGUAUAUAAUUAAUCAUCUUUUCUCUUCGACGUGAUUUGAUGGAAUGCCUAGGAACGAUUGUUCAUUAUUCUUAUAAUAUGUAGUGAGUUUACUGUUUUAUAAUUCGGAUUCA